CGGGGGCGACAAAGAAAAAUGUGAUGAUGUCACGAAAUGAUAUUAUGGGAUUUCAUUGUCGUUCGUCUCCGCGGGAGGAGGCUGCUGACGUCACAGGACGUGUGUGAGCUGAGGAGAGGACGGACAAUAAAAGGUGGACAUGAGGAGAACUUCUCUCAUCCAAACACUGACUGACUUCUGUCCACACGACGAGACGACGAGAUUCUGACUGUGGAAAAGUCGGCGGAAAACUAAAGAUGCAGAAGUGCUUUGGGAUUUUUUGUGUGUCGCUCAUUUUCUGCGCAGCUCUGUCCGAGACCAUCGGGCUGGUUAUCGCGGCGAAGGAGAAGCGAGGCUGGACCCUGAACAGCGCCGGUUACCUUUUAGGUCCCCGUCGUAUUGAUCACCUAAUUCAGAUAAAGGAUUCUCCCAGUGCCAGAGGCAGAGACGAGCUGGUCACUCAAUAUGGUAUAGAUGGACACAGGACUCUAGGAGACAAGCCGGGUCUGGCUGGCAAGAGGGACAUGGGUCAGGAGGACGACUUCAGGACAGGUGCUCUAAGAAUAGCAGAUGAAGAUAUCAUUCACACCAUCAUCGACUUUGUGUCAUACCUCAAACUCAAAGAGAUGGGAGCCCUGGAUAACCUGCCCUCCUCCGUGACAUCAGACGAACUGACCAAUCCUUAAAGGCACCGUCUGCCUCUUCUUCUUUUUUUGUUUGCUCUUCUGUCAUCUACUGCCUGACUUCCACUACCCCCCAAGACCACCUCAUCUACCGUAGCCAAACUCCACCCAAACACUGACACCGGAUUGGAGCAAAAUUCUGAUUCUUUAACGUAACUUCGUACAGAGAUUGAUUUUCUCUUUGAUACUCUGCGGUAUUAUCGGGUACUUCUGUGUAAAUAAAACAUCCACGGUCAUGAGUGUAGGCACAUCUUAGUAAAAAUCACACACUGUGUAACCACAACCAUCUGAUUCAAGAAAAACGUGUGAAAUAAACAAAUGGCACUGGACUCACCAGACGAUUCUGUUGUGUUUC